GCUGGUAUUCUUUUUCCUUUGGAUUUGAUUAUGGGUAUUCGUUUGGACAAAGAAGAUGAACUUCAAGGACUCGAUAUAGCCGCGCAUGGUGAAAGUUGGGAAAUAAACGCAUCACGAGCUGUUUGUGAUCUUGUGAAAAAAGUAUUACAAGAACAAGGCACUACAAGAGAAGGAGCUGAGGAUACUGGAACCUUCGAAUUACAUUAUAAACCUAAAAAUCCAAGUAAAAAAUCAUUAAAAAUUCCUCUGUUUAAACGAAAAAAGUCACGCCAUUCUCAACUUGAUACUAAUCCAGUAAAUAAUAAUCAACUACAAUAUAAUCAUAACGAAACAAUGUUUAAUGACGAUGAUAUCAAUACACAAUCAACAAAUACAAAUAUUAUUCGCUUUUAA